AAAGCAAUCUUGUACACUCUGGUCAAGCAAACUUUUUAAACUUCCCAAUGUUAAUCAGAAAAUGCUUGGGAAGGAUAAAUGGAUGGGGACUCAGAUAAUUACAUGUCAAACAAUUCCAUUUGUUUGGUGAAAAAUCACCACAAAUAUAUAUACAUAUGUAUAUAUAGAAAUAUAUAUGUGUGUGUGUGUCCAACAGGCUUUGUCCAUGCUAGAAGUGUUUGUGGACUUCUUUAGGUAGAUAACAUACAUGGGAGGCAUUAAUGCUUGAAUGUUUAUUUGCACAUUUUAAUGCAAUUUUUCCUCCAGGAAACUUGUCUAGAGGGCUCAGGCUGUAAUGUCAAUCCCUACCUACACAGGCCAGAAACAAAGGGCUCCAGGAGGGCUCUGGUCAUUAUGGUUGUGGUUCUAAAUCAGUUAUUAGAUUUCAAAUAAAGGUGACAAUCAUGUUUGUAUUUCUGUUUGGUUAGAGACAAACUCUUGAACAGUGUCAUCACUGGUAGAGCAAAGUAGGACUCACGCUAUGCCAUGAAAAUGAGCAGUCAACAAAAGACAGAGCCUAAAAGGGGUUCACAAGUCAAACUUGAAUAUAGUUCAAUGAAACAACUUUCUGGUGAACAAAAAAACUGUAGGAUUUCUUGAUGAAUGGAUAUAUUUGGAGUGGACAAGAAGUUGAAAUGUUUGGUUUAGGAAAAGAUUGACAAAGAGGAUUUCAGUAGAACUUUUACUGGAUUAAUAUAAAGAAAAAUAUAUCUGUAUAAUAUAAAAAUUGAAUACAUUGGAGGAUUUAGACAAAUAAUUAGGAGGGUUUUCAAACCCCUGCCUCAUGGACAGUCUAAGAAACAGUUAGAACUGUGGUUAGAGUAAUUGUUAUCACAGAGAAAGUGAGUGCUGAGAAACGCAGCCAGAGUGGCAGAAUGACAGGUUGGCCAAGUCACAGGGUAGAGAGGCAGCAGAGCCCUGGGUUUGUGGUGCUUGAGUGGAAAGCAGGAGGCAGUAACAAGGCCAGAUGAGCAAGAUGUGCAGUCAUGAUCUCUGGAGGCAGACUGAUACCAGGCAGGGCUGUAUAGGAUUAUCAAUGCCGUGGAAGUCGCGCUCUGUUCUUGCACAGGAGGGGAGGGUGAAAAGGGGAACAACUCCUGGUUACCCUGCAGAGAAAUACUGCCCACAAAGCACCAAGAGCCUUUUGUCAAUGUACUACAGAGGCUUUACUGCAGCAGCUAAGUGUUCCUGUGGCACACAAAACCCGAAGAUGAACAGGACAAUUUCUGAAUAGCACACUUAAGGUAGUAAGAAGAAAAAGAGGGAUAGUAAGAUAGCAGAGAAAUCUGGAUGACCUGCAUAGCUGCAAGAGGUCUGGGAGGGAAGACAGGACAUGAAUUCCGUAAACUUCAGCAGAACUCUCAGCAGAAUGGCAAUUCUAAGGCAGUAAUUGUCAUUUUCUGAUUCGUUAAGAAGCCAUAUUUUUAUAUAAACCACCAGAAGCCUGUCGAUUCAUAGAAUCCAGUGACUUUCAUAUUUACUUUUUUCUGUUUCAUAACCUUCUCCUCCAAAGCCCUCAGCCUGUGCCUGGUGCUUAUUACCCGAUGCUGCAGUCCCGGAGAACCCAAUGAGUGAGUUUCUCCGCUUGCCUGCCGGAGGCUGUCUCGGGAACGCAGUGCUCAGCCCAGAGAGGAGCAGGCUUGAGAAGAACAGUGGGCCUGAUGCUUGAAAAGCAAUGGAAAAGCAGCUCCAGGGGAAGGGAGAUCGGAAGCAGCAGCGUCCCCUGUCCCUGCAGCAGCCGGGGAUGCUGCGCUCCCCCGGGGGUGCAUUCCCCAGCGCCGUUCGAGGCUGCUCAGCUCCAUAAAUGCCAUUUGCAUGGGGGUAGGAUGUAACAAGAGCUGUAAAUCACUGACGGCGGAGUGAACUCCUCAGGGGCAGACACGGCGGAGCCGAGCCUCCGCGAGCUGGGGCAAUGUGUGAACGGUAUCUUUUGUUGGGGGGGAGGACUGAUAGCAAUUACAUGAUACUUAUCUGUCCCUUUGAUGUGUAUUUACACAAACAACGUUUUCCUCCGGAGUUGCGGUAUAAAGGAGAGGCCAGUGCUCCCCGACAACUCCUUGCCGGUAUCUCCGAAACAAGACAGCAUGACCAAGGCCCCUUUCUCCGUGGAGUGGUUGUCCCAGAGCAGCCAGGCUCUCAAGAGCCCCACCGCGAGCUCUCCACACCGAGCAUCGUCCGCGGGCCCCCGGCCGGGCUCCGGCUCCCGGAGCGAGCGGGGCCAGGAGCAGCCCGCCGGCCCGCGGGACGGGAGGGGCGGCAGGAGCAGGGAGAGCAGAGAGGCUCCCGCCGCAGGUACCGGGACAGCCGGGGCUCCCGGGCGGGGAAGGCACAACCGCGCGGUGGCUGCUCGGGGGCGGAGGGGGCGGGCUGCUCCCCACGCGGUUCCUGGCCCUGGCUGACCCUCUCCCCCUCGCCCCUGUCCCCAGGAGCAGGCGGGAGGCCCUCGGGAGCUGCGGAGGAGGGCGCCGAGAGCGCCGAGGAGCCGCGGGGCGGGCGGCGGCUGCGCACGGCGUUCAGCGCGGAGCAGAUCAGCACGCUGGAGAGCUCCUUCCAGCGGCAGCAGUACCUGGGCGCGGCCGAGCGCCGGCAGCUGGCGGGCAGGAUGCGCCUCUCCGAGGUGCAGAUCAAGACCUGGUUCCAGAACCGCCGGAUGAAGCUCAAGCGGCAGCUGCAGGAGCUGAGGACGGAGCCCUUCUGCAGCCCGGCUCUCCCUUACGGACCUCAGGGCGCUGUGGUGCCCUUGCCCCUCACAUACGUGGCCCGGCCCCCUCCUCUGCCCCGGCAUGGGGCUGCCCCUGAGGGCUUCGCUUUGGCGGCCCUGCCGGCGCCCGCCCUGGAGCUCAGCAGCACCUGCGGAGCACCGCCGCUCGGCUUUUGGGCAGCACCCUGCUUCGUGGGGUACCGGGACCCCAGGGCUUUCUUGCUCGGUGUCUGACCCUCUGAUACGAACUAUGACCAAAGAGGAUUUGCACUACUGAUCCAUAUCUGGGCUGCCCUCGUCUGUGACUGCCCGGUGGAGUGAUGAUGCAGCACCGAUCUAAACUUUUACAAAGACGUGCUGGACAAUCUGAAUCAUGGACUUCAGGCCCUUGCAUUUAUAGGCAGCUGUAAAAUAUAAAGGGGGUGGG